GUAUAAAGAUUCGCAAUCAAGUACCCGGUUUGAGCUGAAAAUUUGAAAUAAUUCCAUUAGAUUAUUCUCCACCAAAAUCGAACAAGUCAGAGAGGAUUACUUAUUUACUGUGUCAUACCUCAUAAACUCCUGUGGGUUGUCCCCAGAAAAGGCAGAGUCUGUCUCCAAAAGAAUCAAGCUUCAAUCCGCUGAACAACCAGAUUCGGUCUUGAAAGUUCUAAGAAACCGUAGAUUUACGACUGCCUAUAUAGCCAAACUUGUUGGAAUGAGCCCUAGUUUACUUUUAGCCAAUCCUGAGAAGUCAAUUUUGCCUAAAUUUGAGUUUUUCAACUCUUUCGGGAUCACAGAUGCUGAGCUUGUGAGUGUUUGUUCUUCAAAACCAACUAUUUUGGAUCGCAGUUUGGAGAACCAACUGAUUCCUAACUACAAAUUCCUCAAAAGUGUGCUCCUCUCUGAUGCUAAAAUUAUUAAAUCUCUAACAAACAAAUCAUGGCUCUUUCAUUAUGAUUUGGCAAAAACUGUGUCUCCAAAACUUGUAGUCCUAAGAGAACUUGGUAUGCCUGGGCAUUCUGUUGCAUUGAUUUUAACAUGUUAUUCCCAUAUAGUGCUCCAAAAACGUGAGAAAUUCGACAAAAAUAUCAAGAAGGUUAUUGAAAUGGGUUUUGAUCCUCAGAAAAGUGGGUUCAUCCAUGCGAUGCAGGCGUUUGUUGCAAUGAGUCAAUCAACUUGGGAACAUAAAUUGGACAUUUUCAGGGGGUGGGGAUGGUCUGAUGAGGACAUUAUGUUGGUGUUCAGAAAAUGCCCCAAUUGUAUGAAUGCCUCUGAACGCAAAAUAAUGAAUGCAAUGGAUUUUCUUGUGAACAAGAUUGGCUGGCAAUCCACAGAUAUUGCCUUGUGUCCAGACAUUUUCCUUAUGAGUUUGGAAAAGAGGGUAAUCCCAAGGUGUUUGGUUAUCAAAGUUCUGCGGUCGAAGGGGUUGGUGAAGAAAAAAUAUAACCUAAGUUAAUUUGUAAAACCUGUUGAGAAGCUAUUCUUGGAUAGGUUUGUGACAAAAUACUUGGACCAGGUUCCUGAAUUGAUGAAUAUCUAUCAAAGGAAGGAAGGGUUUCAGGCUCUGGAUAUGAAUAUCUAUGUUUCUUCCAGCAAACUGUAGUAUGUCAACUGUUAAUUCUUUGUACACAUGAUUUUCUUAUUGUUGUUUGCUAAUUUGGGUUGCUUUGGCCCUGAACUUAUUCAGCUCUGGAUAUAGCUUACAGCGUCUUUUAUCAGUUCUCAUUGUUUAAUUUUUUAAUUUGUUUUAACAGAGUAUAAUUUUACAGUACAUUUCCUUGAAGUUAUUAAUUCCCCGCACUUACUUUGCAAGUCUGAGAUCGAAACUGGAGCCCCACUUGUUUUUUAUUAUUGUUAAAGGGAUUUGUCAAGAAUGAAAUGU